AUGCGACAUCCUCAAGGACCUGAUUUCUUUUACCGGUUGGAGACGCCGAUCGUAGUACACGAUUUAGAUGAUUCCACGCAGAAACAGGACCACAUCUGUCAAUGGGGUAUUGGGUGGAAAACUACGCUCAUCCUCUGUGGCAGUUUUUCCUUAGCCCUUGCACUAGCUGUUACUCAUGCAUUAGUAUUCCACUAUCUCGACGGAAAGCUUGAAAAUGAUCCGAAUAUCCCAUCACAAACACAUGUCACGGCCGCGUCGACUAUUGUAGCCAACAUAAUCGGCUUCUGUAUUCGCAUCUGCCUGGCAGCGGCGUUCACGCAGUAUUUCUGGCAUCUUGUCCGAGCCUCUCCCAUGCGGCUUGAAACCUUGGAGUUCCUUUACACUAUGAGAGGAAGCCCAACGUCAUUCUUCUCGAUGACUGUACUUCAAAAAGGAUGGUUACUAGCUAUUAUUACCAUGGUUCUCUGGGCUGUUCCUAUCGCUAUGAGCUUCCCAUCAAGCUCGAUGACUGUCAGGAGUACGACAAUGACGCACGAGGUACCCCAGACACAGGUACCAGGUAUGGAUCUCUCAGAGACCUGGGGAGGUAACACGACGAUUAUGAAGGAUGAUGAACUAGCCUUGUUCGUGUCGAAUAAUUGGCGAGAAGAAAACGACACUGACUACGUUGAGGUACUGCGUGCUGAACCAUUGACCUUAGCGGGUAUGGGGAUCCAGAUCAAGCCUGUAAUGUACCAGCUAGCUACACAAACUAUCGUGAACGGCGAGCCACGAACAAUGAGCUCACCUUGCGGGCUCAAUUGUUCCUACAAGAUUUCCUUUGUUGGGCCAUAUCUAAGCUGCAACAAUACUGAUUUUGAUAAGGUCAGUCCGCCUUUAAAUAGGAGUGCUGUUGUGUUAUAUGCGCUAGAAAGCAACUGGACCGUGACACCGGAUGCAGACUCAAGCUUCGCCUCCACUCUGAAGAGCUUUGAGAUGAAGAAUGCAGAGGUAUAUAAUUGGGUUCGAAAUGAUUCCACAAAUACAGUUCAAUUGGAAUACACGUCACAUGUACUGACAUGUAGCCCUCGUCGUGCCAAAUACCAUGUCGUUCAAAGAUUCCACAACGGCGAGCAAUCGUCAACUGUUACCGUGGGAGACGUGCAUGACUUAGUGCCGAUGGAUGAGAAACUCUAUUUUUCCAAGAACAAUAUGACUCAAGCUGUUGUGGACGCGAUUCGCGAUCGUAAUAUAAUGGCACUAAUUAUGGCAAUGACCAAAGGCAUAUCCGGAAACGUAGGGGCACUCGUUUCAAGUGCGGAAACAGUCGAACCGAUCUCGCAAGGGGCGGCGUUUUCAACGCAAUUGGUGCGAGACAAUCUUCUCGUCCAAUCUACCCGUCUUUUCAACGGGUUCAGCGAUACUUGGGAAGGAAGCCUCACUACGUCGUACACCUUAUUCACUGUAAGCGAGGAAAUUCUGAACUCGAUGCUGGCAAACGUCACACUCAGCGCAAUCAACCAUUUCCAGCUCUGGCCGACUUUGGUCAACGUGACUCAACAGGAUGUGCGUACACAGUAUGUGUGGUCUCGACCGUUGAACCUUCUUUUGCCCUAUUUCCUCUCCUUGGGCGUUGCCCUGCCGUUGGCAAUUUUGGGCUACUGGUCGUUGCGCCAAAACGGUGUUCCAGCCACAGAUAAUGGGUUCCUACAAGUCGCAAUGACCACACGGGGAAACUAUAAACUCGAUCAGUUAGCAAUGGGAGGUUGCUUGGGAGGAAACCAUAACGAGUCCGCUGAACUCAAGAAUCUCGAGGUUCAAUUUGGAGAGCUGAUUCAACCAAAUAGGUCUAGAUUGGACAUUGAGCCAAACCAUCUCGGAUCUCCCACAGCUGAUGUGAGAUUGGCUGGGUUUGCACCUAAAGAUGAAGUUGCUCCCCUCCUGGUUGGAAAACGAUAUGGGAAGUUGUGUGAAAACUGA